UAGGCUAGGUGGUUAUCUAGGGUGUAAAAUAUUAUUUAACAAGAAGUAUUACAUUUCUUUGCGGUCAUAAGGCCAUUGCAAGACAGUUUGUUGUUACGAAUUCCACGAGUCGAAAGUGAAAAUAUAGUGCUUCUCUGCGCGUUAAAAUGAAACUAUUUUUAAGUUAGCCAACUACGACCCAGCAGAUAGCUAACCAGUCCUUUCAAAUCAAAUUGUAUUGUACACAUAUAGCAGAUAUUAUUGCGGGUGUAGCGAAAUGCUUGUGUUCCUAGCGCCAACAGUGCAGUAAUAUCUAACAAUUCACAACAAUGCACACACAUUUAAACGUACAAUCAUGGAAUUAAGAAAUAUAUAAUAUUUCAGAGACAACUGCUAGCUGUGCUAGAAAAAUUGGGCCUAGGGAGUUUAGCUAACGUUAGUUCCCUGAUUGGCAAGUUGACCAACACACCUAACGCCAUUAGCUAGUUAGAAGACGUUUCAAAAUAGUGACAACCUUUUGUUGACAAUUACAAACAUUAUCUAGUUUACUAGUUCAGCUUACUUAAUCAGUUAAUAUGUGUACGUCAGUAGCUAUCUACUUGCACAGCAUGGCAGUCAGUAGCUAUCUACUUGGAGGGCAGACAAUAGCUCAGUUUCAAUUCUCAACUAUCAUGAUGAUGAUCAAUCAGGGCCGGUAAAACGUGACCACUUAUGUAAAUUGGGCCUCAAAGGUUCACAUUCGGUCAAGCUGUUGGAACGUGUUGAACUUGCCAGCCAAUCAACUUCUCCCAGAUGCAUGUCAUAUGAUCUCAGAUUUCCCAUCCAGUUGUGGUGACAUAGGCCAAAAUGGAAUUUGGUGAAGGGAAGUUUUAUUUUUCCUUUUGGAAAAAGGCAGGGAUUGGCAGGGAUUGUAUCCUAUUAUUACUGUUUAUCAGAUGACUGUUGUACACAUUAUAGCCUGCCACUGCUUAGCUAACCUUGUUAUAACACAGUAUAAUACUGUUGAAAUAUACACACCAGGAUCAAUAUAUCAGGGUUACGUAACUUUUGUUUGGUUUCAUUCUGUUCUUCCUGUCAAAGCAACAAAUCAGAGGAUGAGUAGUAUAGGGGUUGUAGGGCGCUCUUUUUUUUUUAGACUUCUGUUCAGAUGUUGUAUCAUAAUCAUUUUAGCAAUAAGCAAGGUAAGAAUCUGGUAACCCAAACAGCCUGUGAUAGUGAUCGAGGAUUUUGUGAUCGCGAUGCGCAUGUUGUGCCUCAGGACCCUGACGAGCGUAAGCCGCUGAUCCCCCACCCGAACCCCGACAGCAAGCCCCUCAACGGCACAGAAUGGAACUCCACCAAUGUACCCUCAGCCCGCACAGACGAACAGGCCUUACUCACAUCCAUCCUUACCAAGACAGCUCUGAACAUCAUCGACGUCUCGGCUGCGGACUCUCAAGGCAUGGAGCAGCAUGAGUACAUGGACAAAGCUCGGCAAUACAGUACAAAACUGGCCUUGUUGAGUAACAGUCUGUCUCAGAAGAAGCCCCUCCCUCUCCCUUCACUCACCAGCCAGCCGCACCAAGUGCUCGCUAGUGAUCUGGUGCCAUAUUCGGAUGUACAACAGGUGUCCAAGAUAGCUGCCUAUGCUUACAGUGCAAUCUCUCAGAUCAAGGUGGACGCUAAAGAAGAGCUAGUGGUUCAAUUUGCCAUCCCCUGAUCUGCCCUCUGGCCUCCAUAAUACUCUUCCCGUCCUGUCCCCAAUGCCCACACUGCAUCUAUGUGUCCCAGUCCCUGUGCUACCCAGCUAUGCCACCAGGAACCUGCUGAGGACUAUGACAACCAGGCCUCCCCUGCUGAAAGGGUUAACCUACCUUGCCCUGCACCCCUCAGAACCACCUUUCAAAGCCACCAUUCAUCCUUCUUUCACCAGCCGUCAAAUGUUAUGGCAGUAUAAUGGUGUUAGGGAAGUCUUUGUUUUUGUUAUUUUAAAUGUUGUUUGAAGAGUGACUGAGUCUGACUGAAUAAACGGUUAGCUAGCUGCAUGGCUAGGCUGCUGGUGGUGUUAGCGCUGGCUGUGAGUUAUUCAGGAGUAGCUAACCUCGUCUGAUAUGCAGCUCAUGUAAUUAACUAACUAACCACAGCUAGGAAAAGAGGGUGAUUAUGCAUGUCCAAAUGUAGCACAGGAACAGGGUUAAAAAAGAUGUCCACAGCCAGCCAACCCACUACGGUGAGCAUGGGGAUGCUGUUCUGACACUGUGUGGACCGGUCACCCAGAACACACAUCCCACCCCUCAUGUCAUCAAUAUGAAUUUCUAGAAAGAGCCCUCACUAUAGUGUUCCUUAUCUUUGUUCAAAUCCUUAGAUUGACCUAAUGUAAGACAACUGGGUUGGGUAGGUUUAAAAACAGGAGGGACUUAGUUCAACUAUAGUACCUAAGUUCAAAUCUGAUAUGACCCGUAUGAGUCUUCUCUUGAGUUCAGCUCAUGUUGGCAGAGUGCAGGGGUGAAUGGGGGGUGGGGACAGCGGUUGGAAUCCACAUGGGUUUCUCUGAUUUCUGGGGGAAACAUGCUUAGCACUUCAAUAAUUUAGCUGGCAGUCCUUGAAUUCAUAUCUUUAGACUUCACAGAAACAAUACAGCUGGGGAUGGGCACUGGGUGGAACCAGGCUUGGGGGGAGGGGGUGGGUCUAGGUGGGGGGAGGGUUUGGGGGCUUGUAAUGUAAAUGAAUCAGUGAAGUGUUGAUGCCUUCUAUGUACAGAUUUAUGUGAUUCCGUCAGAAGCAAGAAAUGGAUUGUAUGCACCUCCCCAUUGUAGAGUCUGUUGGUCAGGAUUGGCUAAAGCUCCAAGAAGUUGUUUUAGGAGCCAAUCAAAACUAAGGAUACAGCAGCCCAUUUUUUAUGACAUAAAAGGAAAAAAACUUAACACCCAAGUUUGUUUGAAUUUUUAAACAAAACUGAUUGUGACGAGUUACUCACAUUAACCAGGAACUGAAAGCUGUCAUGGCAGUUUGAGAUAAACAACCAUAACCUGUGAGUAUCACCUAAAUUAAAAUGAUCAGAGGCGUUGUAAUUAUUUAUUUAUGUUUUAAGUGUAUUUAUGCUCCGGGGUGAGUGUGUUUGUGGGUGGGUGCCUCUCUGGGGUCUUUAAAGGGAUGAUCUACAAGGCCGUGUUUCUUUUCCACUUUCUGCAGUGUGCUUGUUUUGUUUGUUUUGUUACUUCAGUGUGCAAUAGUACCAGGAUAACAUUGUUCAUUUCUUAGGCUAGUACCAAAAGGUUUAUUAAGAUAUACUGUUAAUACAUUUUUUUUCCCCCAAUUAAUGAAUUCAUUAAAGACUUUCAACAAUAA